AUGGAGGACGCCGAGGUGAUUGACGUGACGGACGAGAGCGUCCUCGAGCGCCACAAGCGCCGCCGCGAGUCCUUUGACGUCGAGCCACGUCGCACGCACCGCAAGACGAAAGACCGCGUGCUGUUUGCCGACGUCAUGGCGCAAGAACGCGAGAUGGAGCGGCUUAAUUACGAAAAAAGUCGGUACCAUCAACUCACGUGCUGCGCGCAGCUGCGGAAAGGCGAGACGAGUGGAUCCCCCGCCAAGCGGUCGAAGCAGAAGCGCGCUGAGGAGCGGCGGUCGGCGCGGCAGAAGCUGCGCCACACCAUGAGUGCGCAGUUGAGUGACGCGGUGCUGCCGAUGUCACUCGAGCGAGGUAAGAAGGGAGUCCAGUGUGCUGACGAUCAAGACGACCUUCCUUUACGUCAGCGCGAGGUCACUUCCGGCAAUAAACACGUGCUCGCGGACGUGACGCUACACUCGACUGCAUGGCGCAAUGUGAAGGUGGAGAUUGCGCCGGUAAAUGUCUUGCCGGAUCGAGACGGUGUGUUGCGGCCGUUUGCUUGGGAGAUGGAUGUUGCACUGGACGAGUUUGAUGAGGUUUUGAAGAGCACGUGUCGCUUGUCGACAGACUUUUUGCAGCCUAAACCGUUGACUGUGAUGUCAGGGACGUUGGCAGAGGCUCGUGAUUGCGUGCAGAUGGAUGACCGAGUGCGUAAGGCUGUUGUCGAGGCGACUUUAUUGGCUAAAGCAAGUCAUGCUGCAAGGGUGAAGGCGAUUGUUGGUCAUACACGAAAGCAGAUUGCAGCGUACUUGGAAGAUCGACCGGUGGUAUGUGCCAAGAUAAGGGCGUCGAUUGUCGGACGUUCGCUUGAAAUCUCGAGGCUGGAAAAGGUUGCUGCACGAGCGCUGCUUUGGACUGAUGGGCGUUUGCCGGACGGUGAGGAAAGGCCAAGCUACUCGGUGGGACGAAGUGAGUCUGGUUACUCGGUGGCCGUGCACCCUACAACAGUGACGUAUCUCAGCAAAAUGGCGCCAGCUCCACGCUCGACAGCUUGUGUGUUUGUGCGCGGGACGCACCGAGUCGAGGAUGAUCCGAUCAUUCGGUUUGUGCCCCACUUUAUUGAUGAAGGUACCGACAACAAAGCUAGAGAGCGUUAUAUUAGUACUUUUGAGCAUCGCAAGGAUACGCUUGUGGGCAUGGAUGACGAGGUGAAGGAGUUUGUCUUACGGUAUGCUGUGAGCACUUGUGGGAGCGACCAGAGCGUUUUUGAGGCGCUUAGACAAACUGGUUUCUUUUCGCAACCAUUUGCAAACUACUCUGACAUUGUUGCCCGUGGGAUGCGAGAUCAAUUGUGGAAGCGGCAUUUGCACGAAUUGGAAGCGCGUCUUAACAGCGGGGACAUUUCUCGUCACAAGAAGCGUGCGAUUGUCGUUAUUCUGGACGCGUGUCACGCAUUACAGGCAGUGCCGGCACAUUUGAUCUUAAAGUGUUUGCAGCCUGCUGAAGACCGAGGUAUACGGAGAGCUCCAUCCCAGCAAUAUUGGGAAUUGGCCAUAAAGUACCGAGAGUUGUUCUGCCGCCGCUGCUGUGUGUACAACUGCCGAAACCAUGGUCGUGGACAGCCUCUUCCAGUCGUGCGCGUUGACCCCCGUUAUCCGAUGGUGAAAGCUACGUCAAAACUUUGGCGACGCGUUGAAGAAGAGCAGCUGCGAUCAGCAGAAAUCUUUGAUGUAGAAAUGGAUGAUGAAGAAAUUUUUGUGUCUGAGGAACCAGUUUCCGAGCCAGCGCCACAGGUUGAUUUGAUUGUUAAAGCAGGAAGCGAUGUAACAUGUAAUACAGCAGAUGCUGUCCGAGGUGAUUUUUCGCAAAGAUCAGUGCGUGCUCGAACGUCUGCUAGUACAAAGGCGUCAUCAGAGCUGAAUGCAGCUCGCGUUUACGCAAAAAAGAUGGUGCGUUGCAAGACUACAGAUGUAUCAGAGUAUUUAGGAUUCGAUGGCACUUACCAAGCGAUCACGCAGGAUAGGAAGCUGGAAUUGCUAUCUACCGAGUACUGCUGCGGACCUUAUUGCUCAAAGCCUGCAUCAGAUCCUGAUCAAUAUGAGGAAGGCCGUGGCUUUCGUGGCAUAGUACAAGAAACGCUGUGGAAAGAUUCUGAAAUUGCGUUACUGAAGAAGCUAGAGAAAUGUAUUGGUCUACACCCAUGUGCUUUAGCAGCGUUGCUUGGCUCACGAAGCUGCACCGAUGUUGCUCAAUUUAUCCAAAACCGUAGUCGCGGGGCGCCAAAUAGUCUUGACGAACUUGGUGUAAUGCAAAAUGACGUCUGUGUGCGAAACCGAGAAAGGAGUAAUGGAGCCUUUGGCAACAAUUACGAGCACCUUCGUCGCACGCGUUCCCAGCGAAUGAAAGACCUUGGUGCAAAUCACGAGUAUGUUCCUUGCAAUCAUGAUGGCGGCUCUUGUGACUCUGCACAAUGUUCCUGCAUGCGUCGUGACCACUUCUGUGAAAAGUCAUGUGGGUGUUCUCCAGAUUGCUCCAAUCGUUUCCCCGGAUGUCAUUGCGAAGUGGGUCAGUGUCGAACUUUCGACUGUCCAUGCUAUUUUGCUGCAAGGGAGUGUGAUCCUGAUGUUUGUAUUUCGUGCGGAGCUAGCGAGCUUCCGGUUGUCGUAUUUGACGAAGAAAGUAAAGACAAGUCCGUGUCACAGCUUAGGGUUUGUGGGAACGUAAAUAUACUGCGCGGCAAGAUGCGUAAGAUUGGAAUUUCUGCUUCGGAGACACAUGGAUGGGGAGCAUACGCCUUGGAGGAUGUGGAGAAGGGUGAGUUUAUUUACGAGUACACCGGAUCGUUGUUGUCCCAAGAUGAAGCAGAACGGCGUGGCAACGUAUACGAUAAAACGACGAUCAGUUUCCUAUUUGACCUGACGGAAGAUUCUGUCGUGGAUGCUACGCGCAAGGGUAACAAAAGUAAAUUCGCCAACCACGAUUCGAUGAAGCCAAAGUGUUUUGCCCGGAUCAUGUUUGUCAAUGGGGACCACCGCAUCGGAAUUUAUGCGAAAGAAGAUAUUGCAGCUGGAGACGAGUUGUUUUUUGACUACGGAUACAGUGGUGUGGUUCCUGACUGGAGCCAAGCACGCAUCGGAUCAAGCAAAACUGACACCCCAGUUAAAGUGGACGGUGGUGCCGAAAGGAACUUGUUCGACGAGCCGGAAGAAAGUGGACUGAACUGUUCGAGAAAGUAG